GAGAGAGGAUCACCUGUGCUAUUGUUUAGCUACGCACGUGUUGCUUCUCUUCUCUUCCCUUCCUCUCCCUUAACACCACUUCUCUCUCUCUCUCUCUCUCUCUCUCUCUCUCUCUGCUAAAUUUAGCAAACUCUUUCUGUUCCCUACAUUGCUUGCAUGGAUGGGUCAAACUUUGAUUCUCAUCUCUUGCUGGAAUUUUCCAUAAAAAACCCAUCUUUUUUUAAUUACUAAUGCUUUUGUACCAGUCAUGGUUUUGGAAUUUGUUAUCGUUCGAUAUUAAGGUAUGCGCAUCAUUUUGUUUUUUCCCCUUCCUAUCAGUAAUUCCUCUUUGAAAGACACUGUUUUUACCUAGAUAUGUUGCUGGUCUUUUAAUGAUAUUGUAUUACACUGUUCUUUGGCUUUCUUGUGUGGUGUUGGCUUUCUGUUUUUCUUGGCAAUCAAAGAAUGGCCAAGAAUUUGGAUAAAGUCGGUAGCUCUUGGAGCUUUAGGAGUUUUGAUUUGAAUUUGAAUGUGGAGAAAUCGAAUAAUCAAGGAAUGGAAAAACCUGAAUUAGAAGGGUGUAGCAAGGUAUUUUCUGAUGAUAUUGCUGAUCUUUUACCUGUGGAUCCUUUUGGGAUGGAUAUUAAGUCUACGGUCACAGCAAUCAAGGGUUGGCUUCAAGAGUUUGAUGAGGAUUUUGGUUCUAAUUUCAGUGAAAAAAAUAUUGUUGAUGAUGAAUUGUUUGAGGGUUUGGAUUUGUUUUUAAAUGGUGCUAUGGAAAUGCAGCCAGAAAAGGGUAACUUGACUUUUGGUGCUAUUUCAAUUAGAGAUCAUGGCCUAGAGGGAUUUUUGGUUGAUCAUGGAUUGAACAAUUGUGGUUUUGAUUCUAAAUACAAUUUAGGCGAUGAGGGAGUUUUUGAUAAGAGAAAGGAAUUGCAAGUUGAAGGAGGUGAUCCACAUGAUGCUUUGUUUUUUGCUUUGAGUUAUCUAGGCGUCAAGGACCUCCUUGUGGUUGAAAGGGUUUGUAAACCCUUACGUGAUGCUGUUAGAGGUGAUGCUCUUUUAUGGAGGAGUAUACAUGUUGAUCAGCCAUUAAGCGGCAAAGUUACCGAUCAGGCUCUUCUUAAGCUGACUAACAGGGCUCAAGGUUCUUUGGAAUGCUUGAGUCUAGUGGAGUGUAUUAAAAUAACUGACAAUGGAUUGAAGCAGGUGCUUGAAACCAAUCCAAGAUUAACAAAGUUAUGUGUGCCAGGAUGUGUGAGAUUGAGUGUUAACAGCAUCUUGUCCAGUCUGAGGCUUCUCAAGUCUGCAGGAAACCUGCGAAUAAAGCACUUGAGAAUUGGUGGGCUCUUUGGUGUAACAGAGAAGCAUUUUGAAGAGUUGAAGUCCUUACUUGGUGCAGAUAAGCCUGUACAGCUGAAAGACAGGAAACCACGGUUUUAUCGUCUAGGAGAGCUUUAUCUCUCUUGUGAUGAUGCUUGUGCCAUUGACAUUGAGAUAUGCCCCAAAUGCCAAAAAUUGAAACUCGUUUAUGAUUGCCCGGCAGAGAGUUGCCAAGGGAAAGAUCAAGCUAAUCAGUCAUGUAGGGCUUGCACUUUGUGCAUAGCACGUUGUAUUAAUUGCGGGUCCUGCAUUAAGGAUUGUGAUUAUGAGGAGACCUUCUGUUUAGAUUUUCUCUGUUUGGUUUGUUUGAAGCAACUACUAAGUUGUCAGGAGGCACCAGAAUCAAACGGUGCUUCUUCUUCUGGACACACGGUUGUUCAUAGAGGGAUGAGUUACAAGUUCUGCUUUUAUGGUGAAUAGGAAAGAAAUUGUAUAUGCCCAUGGUGAUUGGUCAUUUACAUCAUUCGGCUACAUCAAAAGUUGUUUCACAUGUGAGGGGGUGUCUCUCUAUCACACUAUCACAUUGAUAGUAGGCGUGCUUGAAAUCCAGGGUUACCUUGUUUAUUGCUCCUACACUACUUGGCAGGCAAAGCUCUAGCUGCUGCUGCUUGAUUCUGUGGUUCGAGUUUGUUGUUGCAUUAAUGAACUUUAGCUUGGAUUUCUGUCAGCAGGAUACAUUGCUUUUAUGCUGGAAAAAAAUGCAGAAAAAAAUGGAUGGAAAAGAAACAUGCGAGGAAAUGUGCCUGUGAAGGGAAAAAAAAAAAAACAAAAAAAGGGGUGAAAUUUUAUCAAAUUACUAGCUAAUGUUUACCUGAAUAAGCUCAAUAUUGAGAUAUGCUGAAUGUUACAUUGGAUGUCGUCCUCAGAAGGGCAGUGAAGUUGGCAUUCAAAUGUUUGCUGGAGCAUUUGAAGCGACAUUUGUUGCGGUGCAGCUAAGGUAUAACGAGUUCCGCCACCAAAGUUGGGACUAAUUGGUGCAGAGGAGAAGGCAGCCUGUUAAAUGACAAUGUACCAGACUAGCACCAAGGUUUGGAGAAAGAAACGCCUGCUUUUGCAGCAGGUUGCUGUUGUGUUCUGUAUAAAAUGGGCAAUAACUAGGGAAACGUCAUGUUGCUAUUUCUGUUGCCUUGUAAUCCAGCAGGAAGGAUCUGGUUUCUUUAUAUAUAUAUAUAUAUAUAUACACAAGCUGCUUGUUGAAAUUAUAAUAGAAAGCUUUGGACAAAGAUUUAUAGAUCAAUCUUAGAUUUGUAUGAUCUCUCGUUCUCACAAAUACAACUCAUAAGUGAAUGAUUUCAGGUUCUUGCUA